UUAUGACACAGAUUCUGGAACCUUCACAGGCCACACUCCUUUAGUCUGCUUAGGUCUGAUUAACCUGAGCCACAUAGUUCCUCUGUAACCCUCUGCAUGCUUGUCUACAAGGACCUCUGCCACAUCCCAGUUCAUACUGCUCAGAAACAGUGAGCUUGGGGUGUUCCUUUUAUCUUGAUCUCCCUUUGACAAAGAAAUCCAGAUGACACAGAACCCUCUGAAGACAACACCUGAAAAAUGGCAGUCUUGGAAAUAACUUUGGCUGUCAUCCUGACUCUACUGGGACUUGUUAUUCUGGCUAUUUUAUUAACAAGAUGGACACGACGCAAACAAAAUGAAAUUGAUGUCUCAAGAUACAGUUCAGAACAAAGUGCUGGUCUUCUGGACUAUGAAGAUGGUAGAGAUUUUCCCUCUCAGAGAUCUAAAAGAGGAAGAGGAUUCCGACAUUUAUAUUCAACAGAAAGUGACACUUCAUAUGAUGAUCGAGCACUGUCUCAAUCAAGUAUUGCUUUGGUGCAAGGAUCCAUGAGUAAUACAAAAGCCUUCAAAGCAACUUCAGAACCUUUAUCAGGCAGUGCAGGACCCAUAAAUUCUCCACAGGAAGAGUAG